AUGACUAAAUCGUCCCACUGUCAAGCCUUUACAGUAAUUAAUGGUGAAAGUGGAGCUACCUCCACCGCCUUCGCCCACUGUCGGAAAAGCAGCGAUCUCUUAAGUCUCCAACUCAAUUCUCAGGUCGUCCCUCAAGAAUAUUCAGCUCCUCGUGAGGCUCGUCACCACGUACCGAGACUACCAGACGAGUACCUGAAAAAGAAAAAAAAAAACAUAAAUCGACUUAUAAUUACGAUACUCGAACGAGAUCUUAAAUAUGCAAUGCAUGUUUCGUAUAAACCUUCUGGAAGAAGCUUGUGGGCACCAGUAGACAGCUCAUUAAGAGUCACUAAAGCGAGUGCAUUGGGCAAAGGCUUAGUGAGCUGCUCGGAUAAAGGAGUGAUAAUUCCCAUGCUGAUGUCUAUCAACCGUUUGAGGGCUAAUCUCUGGUAA